CCUCUCUCUCACAAACACACUUCGGUCGGUGAGCUCGAGUAUGACUCGAGCCCUCUCCAUCCUCUCCUAAAGCCUCUGACUUUGCGCAUGUACAGGCAAACUGAACAUUUCAUCGACUCCAAGAUGGCGUUAACACCACUGGCUUGCGUUCUGCUUCUCCUUUCCAUGCAGUGCUACAUCAACACCUUUGCAGUCAUCCUUAAGACAAGGAAUCCUAAACCAUGGGUCAAUGAGUUUGAUUCGGUCGAGCUGUCCUGCAUGAUAGAGUCAAUCUCCACUCCUAAUCCCAGAAUAGAAUGGAAGAAGAUUAAGAUGGGAGAGCCCAGUUAUGUAUACUUUGAUAAAGAAAUAGCAGGUGACUUGGAAAAGAGAGCGAGUAUUCGAGAAUCUGCGACCUUGGUCAUUCUUAACGCAACAAGAGCCGACUCUGCUGAUUACCGCUGUGAAGUCACUGCCCCAAAUGACCAGAAAUCCUUCGAUGAGAUUUUAAUAUCACUCACUGUAAGAGUGAAGCCUGUCGUGCCCAGAUGCUCCGUACCCAAGUCCGUCCCGGUAGGCAAACCAGCAGAGCUGCAUUGCUUGGAGGACGAGGGCUACCCGAAAUCCCAUUACCAGUGGUUCCGCAACAAGGAGGAAAUCCCAGAGGAUCCUAAGAGCAGCCCAAAGUUCUUCAAUUCCACUUACACCCUGAGCAGAGAGAUGGGCACUCUGAAAUUCAGUGCGGUCAAGAAGGAGGACGCUGGAGAAUACUACUGCAGAGCCAGGAACGAGGCCGGGUUCUCAGAAUGUGGACCACAGAUGAUGGAAGUUUAUGACAUCAACAUUGCUGGAAUCAUCCUGGGUGUAGUGGUCGUGGUGACUGUCCUUCUGUGUAUAACAAUGGGCAUCUUCUGUGCCUAUAAACGUGGCUACUUCACCAGCCAGAAGCAGACGGGGAAGAAGUAAGCACACCACUUCCAUCCGAGUCACACUCUGUCCCAGAGCAGUUUUGACUCACCCUUUUAUGGCUUUUUUCCAUUUCAUCACCCAAGGAGCCCCUGAAUGU